AUGGAGUCCGAAAUUGCUUUCGACAUGUCUCCGAGUUUUGUAGUCUACAAGAAUGGCCGCCUCGAACGUCUCACGGGAGAAACAAUCGUCCCACCGUCUCUAAACCCUCAAAACGGCGUCAUUUCAAAAGACGUCGUCUACUCGCCGGAGAAAAACCUCUCCCUCCGCAUAUACCUCCCGGAGAAAGUCGUUGAAACCGAUCAAAAGCUCCCUGUCCUCGUCUACUUCCACGGUGGUGGCUUCAUCUUCGAAACAGCCUUUUCACCAAUCUACCACACUUUCCUCACAUCCGCCGUCGCCGCCGCAGAAUGCUUAGCGAUCUCGGUGGAUUACCGACGUGCGCCGGAGUUUCCGAUUCCAGUCCCGUACGAGGAUUCAUGGGACUCGCUCAAAUGGGUGUUUUCUUACAUCGAUGGAACUAGACCGGAGAAUUGGAUAAACAAACACGCCGAUUUCGGGAAAGUCUUCCUCGCCGGAGAUAGCGCCGGUGGAAACAUCGCUCAUCAUCUAGCGAUUCGUGCGGAGAAAGAAAAACUAAAUCCCGUAAUCUCCGGGAUGAUCUUGAUUCAUCCGUACUUUUGGGGUAAGACUCCGAUUGACGAACUGGAGACGAGAGAUGAGAGGAGGAGGAGAAAGAUCGAUGGGAGUUGGGAAGUGGCGAGUCCGAACAGCGAAAAGGGAGUGGAUGAUCCGUUGUUCAACGUCGUCGGAUCCGAAUCGUCGGAUCUAUCCGGAUUGGGUUGCGGGCGGGUUCUGGUGAUGGUAGCGGGAUAUGACAUAUUUGUGAGACAAGGUUUUGGUUACGCGGCGAAGCUGGAGAAGAGUGGAUGGGGUGGAGAAGUUGAGGUGAUGGAGACGAAACGUGAAGGUCACGCUUUCCAUUUGAAGAACCCUGACACUGACAAUGCUCGUCAAGUUGUGAAGAAAUUUGCGGAGUUUCUUAAAAACAAACACUAUCUAAUAAGUUUGCUUUGA